AUGGUAACUCUUGAUUUUUCAAAAUUCAAUUUCCUUUUUUUUUUUUCUCUUUGCUUCACUAUUCAACUGAUUGGCAUGGAGAAGCUCAUCAAGGUAUUGAAUCGCCCCCCUGUAAAAAAUGAAUUAGACGAGGCAUACCUCAACCGACUAAGUAAAGAUCUCAAACGUGUCCAAGAUCAUACAAAACAAGCAGAGAAAGCAAUAAGAUCAUUUGAUGCAACUUUAGAGGAGUCAACAUCAAUUGAGAAGCAAAUCAUCGCUUUGUAUGCAUCAUACGGAAACGUUCCAUACACUCCUGAUAAAAAUGAUACUAUAGCAACAGCAGCAACUUCAGUAAUUCUUGAGGAUAUGAUUGAAGAGAAGCGGAAGGAGAUAGUACAAUCAUAUGAGGAGAAUGCAAACGUGGAAUUUGAUUUUACUGAAAACAUAACUGAAUUAAAGAAGCACAAGGCACAACGACUACAACAGAUUGAGGAUUUGAGUGGGCUAAUGGAUUUGAAGUUUGUGCCACCAUUGGGUUCAAAAGUGACCGAGUCGUUGGAACUACAAAAGACACUUUUCGGCUACUUGAAGAAGGUUUUGAUUAAAUAUCUAGCAAUUUCCGAUCGUGCAUCAGGAUCAGUUCACAAUAAAGAACAAGUACGGGAAAAGGUUAGGACACUAAGUGACUUCUUUGACAAUUUGUUGACCACCGAAUGGGCGAAUCUUCCGGAGGAUUCAAACACUAUAAUGGAAAUUUUGAUACGAGAUGGUGUACUAAUCCUCAAAGACAAACAAGUGAAAUUAAGGGGAUUUGAAAUUUAG